UCGGAAGGUUGCAGGGAUACUCCUUGGAAUUGCGGCGCCAUGACAAUCAUAGUUACAACAUGUUAACCAACUGCAAGUUUACUAUACUACCUACAUUUGAAUUCCAUAGACCAAAUCAUAUUUAAUGGGAGCAACCUCCUCGCAAAUCACAAUCGUUCAGAGUCAUUUCGACAAUGAAACUGCAAAUCAUUAUAUUAGUCCUCGCCGCUGUGGUGAUCGUAGAAUGCGGUCACCUAUUCGUCGGUACCAAUAUCAAUAGACCUAUGGUCUACCAUCACAACGCUAAGUACGACUCCAAAUUAUUCCGCAAAAGGGUUGAGAACCUUCAUUACGUUCUACCACAGGUGCCAUCCACCAUUGGCAAGUCCAUUCAGGGCAUUCUGGCCUAUGAUAAGACUCACACCACCGCUUCCGCUAACAUCACUCAAGGUGGAAUCGGGUUCACUUUCGUCAAUCUCCGUAUGAAGAGCGAACGCGGAAACAAGCUUAAUUACGAUGUCUACAUCUACGUUUAAAUAUUGUUUGAGCAAUCAAUAAAUAUUAAA